AUGGCUGAAACAGCAGCAAAUAAGCCUGCCGAUGGCAAUCACGCCCCUCUCAAGGCAGUUUCAAAUGUUCAUUUUUAUCAUUUCGUUGACCAAGGAAUCGAUGUUGAGUGGGGCGAUAAUGAGCGUACAUGUACAUCACUCAGUGUUGCAUCACACGAUGGUCAUCUUGAGGAAGUUAAAUAUCUGGUUGGUCAAGAAACACAGAUUGAUAAGCUUAAAGAUGACAUUGUGGCAGCUGUUCAUGCUGCAUCAUGUGAAGGUCAUCUUGAUAUAGUUCAGUACCUUGUUGGUCAAGGAGCCGAGGUUGAGAGGGGCGAUAGGGACGGUAAUACUCCACUUCAUGUUGCAUCACACAAUGGUCAUCUUGAGGUAGUUAAAUACCUCGUUAGUCAAGAAGCGCAGAUUGAAAAGCUUAAUGAUUUAUUAUGGACACCUGUUCAUCAUGCAUCAAGGAAAGGUAAUCUUGAUAUAGUUCAGUAUCUCGUUGGUCGAGGAGCCCAGUUUGAUAGGGGUGAUAGUUAUGGUCAUACACCACUCUUUACUGCAUCAUGUAGAGGUCAUCUUCAAGUAGUUCAGUACCUUGUUGGUCAAGGAGCACAAGUUGAGAGGGGCAAUAUAGAGGGUACUACACCACUUAGUCUUGCAUCAUUCUGGGGUCGUCUUGAUGUAGUUGAGUACCUUGUUGGUCAGGGAGCACAGGUUGAGAGGGGCGAUAAUAAUGAUGCGACACCACUUCAUUUUGCAUCGCUCAAUGGUCAUCUUGAGGUAGUUAAGUAUCUCGUCGGUCAAAAUGCACAGAUUGAUAAGCUCAAUGUCAAUGUUUGCACACCUCUUUACUGGGCAUCAAGUAAAGGUCAUGUUGACGUAGUGGAGUACCUCAUUGGUCAAGGAGCACAGGUUGAGAGGGGCAAUAAUUCUGGUGACACACCAGUUCUUGUCGCAUCGCGCAACGGUCAUCUUGGUGUAGUUGAGUACCUCGUUGGUCAAGGAGCACAGGUUGAGAGAGGCAAUAAUGAUGGUGACACACCAGUUCUUGUCGCAUCGCGCAACGGUCAUCUUGGUGUAGUUGAGUACCUCGUUGGUCAAGGAGCACAGGUUGAGAGAGGCAAUAAUGAUGGUGACACACCAGUUCUUGUCGCAUCGCGCAACGGUCAUCUUGGUGUAGUUGAGUACCUCGUUGGUCAAGGAGCACAGGUUGAGAGGGGCAAUAAUGCUGGUGACAUACCACUUGUUGUUGCAUCACGCAAUGGUCAUCUUGAUGUAGUUCAGUACCUCACGAGUGAACAGGCACAGAUGAAAGAAGCACCACCUGAAGUUUGUGUUCUAAAGGAAACUGACACCAGGCUGACAAGAACGCGGUUUGAGUCUAAGUAA